UCGAAUAACUGCAGCAGUAAAUGCGCAAGCGCAGUUGAACUGCUGUAAUGUUUGUCGUCGAUGUAAUUUAAAAAUCUAAUUAAUCCUAAGAAAUUAAUCACCAUGAUAAAAUUUACGUAAAAUUAUUUUAAAACUGAAAACAAAUAAAAUCUAAAUAACAGCUUCUUUUCCUACUCUCUAAUGCUGCUGUUACAGGAAAAGAUAGCGGAAGCUGACAAUCUCUCAUUGUUGUCGUACAGCAACCCAUCCAAUUCCAAGAUGGCGAACAUUUCCCACCCUGGAUUUUGAGUGAAGUGAUUUUUAAGCUCAGUGUGUGUGCACUAACGUUUCAGUUCCUUAAAAUUUUCAUUGAUAACAAGAGAAAAUGGAAUUGAGAGUGGGAAAUAAGUACCGUUUAGGGCGCAAGAUAGGAAGUGGAUCAUUUGGUGACAUAUAUUUGGGUACUAAUAUUACAACUGGCGAAGAAGUUGCAAUCAAAUUAGAAUGUAUCAAAACUAAACAUCCACAGUUGCAUAUAGAAAGUAAAUUUUACAAAAUGAUGCAAGGAGGUGUUGGUAUACCUACAAUAAAGUGGUGUGGAUCAGAAGGAGAUUACAAUGUGAUGGUAAUGGAGCUUUUGGGACCAAGUUUGGAAGACCUGUUUAAUUUUUGCAACCGAAAGUUUAGUUUAAAAACUGUUUUGUUAUUAGCUGAUCAAUUAAUCAGUAGAAUAGAAUAUAUUCAUACCAAGAACUUUAUACAUAGAGAUAUUAAACCCGACAAUUUUUUAAUGGGACUUGGCAAGAAAGGUAAUUUAGUGUAUAUAAUAGACUUUGGACUUGCAAAAAAGUACCGUGAUUCUCGUACGCACCUGCAUAUCCCAUAUAGAGAAAACAAAAAUCUCACUGGCACAGCUAGAUAUGCAAGUAUAAAUACUCAUCUAGGAAUUGAGCAAAGUCGGAGAGAUGACUUGGAAUCAUUAGGUUAUGUGUUGAUGUACUUCAAUAGAGGCAGCUUACCAUGGCAGGGCUUAAGGGCUGCUACUAAACGACAAAAAUACGAGAGGAUUAGUGAGAAAAAAAUGUCCACUCCUAUUGAAGAGCUAUGUCGAUCUUUUGCAUCGGAAUUUGCCACUUAUCUAAAUUAUUGCAGAUCUCUGCGGUUUGAUGAAAAGCCCGACUAUGCAUAUUUAAGGCAGCUUUUAAGAAAUUUGUUCCAUAGGCAAGGAUUUACGUACGAUUAUGUGUUUGACUGGAAUAUGCUAAAAUUUGGCGGAAAUCGCAAUCAACAGGAAAUGCAAGAGGACAGAGACCGCCGCGACCGACAUCACCAACACACAAGUACUACUUCUCGAGGAGCUCUCCCCGCUCCUACAACAGCUAGCAGCAGUCGUCUCCGAGGUGCCCCUGACUCUGCUAGUCCAGCAACAGGGCGAUCUUUGCCACAUCAUCUGGCCGCUUCUGCCAACAUGACUCAGGCCAUCUCCUCAACACCGAGUGGGCCAGCACCCACCUCUUCAGCUGCAGCUGCUAUGGUGGCUGCUUCUCAUGCAGCCACGCCUUUGCCGUCCGCAAUGCCCUGCAUGCGAUCACGGACUCGAUCGACUCCCCGAGCAGGAAUAGCAGGCCAUGAGCCUAACUCUCAGAGAUGACCGGUGCUAACUGUUGAUUAUUGAAUCAGGAAGUUAAAAAGGAAAAGAAAAAAAGAUUAUCCUAAAAAUUUUGUACAAAUUUCUGUGUCUUUUUUGAAGGCGACCUUUACUUGGUUCCAGCACAGAAAAUGAAAUGGUUUUGGUAUGGUUGUUGAAGUGCACUGUUAUAGUGAAAGAGAAUUUAAAAAAUAAUUUAAAAAGUCAGGAAUUUCAUAUGUUUUGCUGCAGUGCCACUUGAAAAAAGUUUUUAUAAUAAAAAUAAAGAGAAAAAAAAAGCUUCCCUUUUUUAUUGACUUGGCUUCCUAUUCAUCAAAAUGUUUUUUGUUAACUUUUUUUUUUUUUUUUUUUUUUUUUGCAAGUUUGUUUUUGAGUUGAGUCAUUUUGUGUUUUGUUUUUAGUUUAAUGGAAUUUGACAAACAUGUUGACUGAUUUUGCAGAGUUUAGGAGCCAUGGAACCUCAUAUUGUAAGCAAUCCUUCAUAUAUCAAAAUAAUUGCUCAUAUAACUAAAUUUUGCUCUCAGAUGGGGCAAUGUUGAAAAAAAAAAUUCUGUAAUUAUUUUACAUGUCCUGUAUAUUAUUUUAGCUAUCUUUCUUAUAACAUGAGCAUAAUAUACUUGUUUUUCUUGAAAUUUAUUUAUUCUAUGUCCUUUUUGAUAUAUUUGUAAAAAUUUGUAUAGAUAAUCAUUUGUGUGUCUGGGAAAGAUUUAAUAGUCCGUGACAUUUUUUUACAAAAUUGAAUUCUACUUCAGAUGUUGCAAGUCAGUUUUGUUUAUGUCAGAUUUGUUAGCUGGAGAGCAAAUAGUGCAAAGUAUUUUUGUAUGUUUUGCAGAAUAUUUUAUGAUAACAAUUUCGAAGAAUGGACUUAAUGUAAAUAGAUUUUUCAUUUUGUGUUAUCAAGUAGUGUUUAAUCUCACUCGGUGUAGAGUUUGUGUAUAUUUUUUGUUUGUCUCUUUCUUUGUCAUUUAACAACUCUCUCCUUUGUGUAACAGUGAAAAUUUCCUUACUGUUAGCAUCAACCAAAGUGUGCAUGCUUUGUCACUCAGGCAACAUUUCAGAACUAGUACUUUGCUUAACUUGAAUCUGUGUAUGGAAGAAGUUUAUUUGCAAUACAGUAAUAAUUAAGUGAUUUUAGUUAGAAAGAUAUCAUUCUUAUCAUGACUAGUUUCUUGGGGGUUUAUAUUAAUGUUAAUUUCCAAAAUGCUUAAUUUAGUAUUUAAGUAAAUUCUAAUAUCAAACUGAAUUUCAGAAUAUUUUCAUUUUUUUCUUUUGUAAUCGGUGUUUUUUUUUCUGGUGUUCGUGGUAUUUUUAUAUGGUGUAUAAAUUAUUCCUUCAUAGGUUUAAAACUUACCAUCAUGGCCCCCCUUCCCUUAUAAUUUUCAUUCAAGCAUAUGAAAACAAUAAUUCUAGCUACAAUUUGUGAAUAGUUCUAGAUGCACACCUGCACUUGUGCAGUUUAAUUGACCGCUUGUUGGGAACAUAGUGAAAUUGUUUAUAUGAUUUCAAUUUGAAUAUUUAAUUAAAACAAAACAUUAGUGGAUAUCAUAUUUAUAGUGAUAGUAAAAUUUUAUUUUUUAUAUGCUCUUAUGGGAAAAAGUUCAAUACAAAAUCUUCAGUGAUACUUAAGCUGUUAUUACAGAUCUCAGACAUUCCCAUUAAACUACAAAUGAGUGUAUUAAUUUACUAAUUCUUAAUAUUUCAUUGAAUGAAUUCUAAUAUUUGUGGUGGUAGUUUGAGUUUUAUUUUUUUAUGUUUAAGAUAGUUGAAGCAAAUUUAAAGCUCUACUUUCUGUAUUUUAAUUCUUGUAUUUGAUUAUAAUAUAUUGUAUGACAAGCUAUUUACUUUUUAAAUGACAGGAGUUGUACUAUGUAUUUAAGUACAUUCGUUCCUGUUGACAGCAUUAGUUAUGACUUUGUUCAUUUGUAUAUUUGUUGUCAAUAUGACAUUAUGUUCAUAAUGUAUCUUAGUAUUCUUUUUAUUUAUUAAUAUGCGAAUUUUAUUUUUUAUAGAAGUGUUAAUGAAUUUCUUGAAAACCCCUUUGCAGCAUUAAUUUAUAUUGUUAAAUCAGGUAGCCUUUAUUUCGUAUUUUUGUUAUAGAAUUUAAAACUGAAAAAAAAAAUGUAUCAAAUAUAGCUGCAUAUUGAAAUUCUCCUCUAUACCCAGUUUUUUUCCCCCCUCUAUUUUUACACUUAAGAAAGAACCAAUGAUUUUUAUUUUUAACUGUCAGCAAUGGUGAAAAUGCAGUAUUUAUGCAAUUCCAUUUUCAUCCCACAGAAUAGCAAAUUUCACUACAGAAACUCUUAUCUAUGCAAAUUUAUAUCAAAUACUUAUAGGCUAAGAUAUUUUAUCUGUUUAAAACUUCAGACUGUUAUUAAUUUGUAAAACUGCAUUAUUUCAACUUCCCCUACACUUUUCAUGACAAGUAUCAUUCAAAUGUGUAAAAUUCUUGCAUAACUUCCUUAUGAACAAGAAAAUAUAAAGCAAAAAUACAAGAAUGAAUUUUCAUCUAGUCUUUUUGCUUGAACUUGUAGUCAUGAAUGUCUCAUAAGUAGCAAGAAACUCUGACUUGUCACAGUUCAGCAGUUACACUUCCCAAACUGUGUUUUUACAUAUCGAACUAAAACACUUAAAGGCUAGGGCAGUUUUAUAUGUCAUAACACGAAACAACAGCGUGAACUGUUUGUCGGCGAGACUUAAUUGUCAUAUAUAAGAGAAAUAUUAGUAAUUAUAUAUACAUAUGAUGUGCCUAGUUUUUGAUAAGUAAAUUGACCUUGUGUUUUUCUUUCGUUUAUAUGUGCACAAAAUAAGUAAAAAAAUUUUAUCAUGUGACUAUUUUUCACGCUUUGCAGCGCUGCUCUAUGUUAUGUGUUGCAAAACAGCUUGUAUAUUUCUACGCGAAAGGACAUAGUAUGCAUUUCAAAAUGUGUCAUUGUUAACGAUAUACAACUGAUUGCAUUGAUCAGUGAAUGCUGUAUAUUAAUGCUGCCUCACCCAAGAUUUGUAUGGUAUAACAAACUAAGUAAAAAUGUGAAAUGUUUUUACAUUUAUUAACAAAUUUUUACUUUUAUUUUUUAAGUGAUGUGAUGUAAGUUAUGUAAGUAUAAUAGGAGUUUGAAUAAAUUGUAAAGAAUUACUUA